AAUGGGACAACUCCAGGCCAUAGAUGAGGUCCCAGGGUUGAGGUCCUGAUCCUGUCUCCUACCAGCUGGGUGACCCUGAGUAAGCUCCCUGCUUAGCCAGCCUCAGCUUCCCUAUCUGUGCAGAGUGAGCUGGGCGAGGUGGUAUUGCCCCUCACCACAGGCCACUAUCACUGGGGCAGGUAGGGCCAAGCUGGGUCAGGGCCCAGGGCUGUGGGGCGGGUUCCUCAUGGCAGGUUGGGGCUCCAUGCAGCAGGAGAAGCCCCUAUAAGGGUCCCAUCUGAGUCCAGGUAACCCUAGUGAGCUCGGGACCCAGGCUAUCAGGAGUGCUCCUCACCUGGUGGCGGUGUCCUUUGUCCAGAGAAGGGGACUGUGGCCCCACUCCCAGGUGAGGCCAAGCCUGCCUUGGGAACACCCCUCACCUUCCUCUCUAAAAGCGCAGGCCCAGCAGAGGCUGGGGGCAGGAACCUAAGGGGCAGAACGUGGAGCUCCUGGAGUCCUCAGAGCCCCGGCUCCUUCCUAAGGGCAUGUCAGAAACCCGCCCUUGGACAUUCUGUCCCUGCACACGGGAACAGGUACUGCCCGCCCUGGACCCAGCGCGUCCUUGCCAGCCCACCCUUCCCUGCAAGUGACCCAGUCUUUAUCUCCAGCCAGAACCCCUCCUGAGCACAACGUCCCCCUGCCUACUGGUGAUUCCCAUCCCUGACACCGCAAAUCAAGUUCAUUCCAAACUGAGCUGAGUAGCUGUGCCCGCCCCAAGCUGUUCCGCCUUUACCUUCCUCAGUCACUCAGGGCACAGUGGCCUUUCCCGAACUCCCCACAUCCAAUCUCAGAGCAGGACCUGGUGAGCCCCCCGCUACUGCUGCUCGGGUCCUCCUCCUCUCCAUGCUCUCCAUGGCCUCUACCCCUGCCCCUGUGCGGGCUCUCCAUCUCUCACCUGACCCAGCAAAUCUUCCUGCCUCCAGUCUGGCCCCCUCCAACUCAUUUUUCACCUGGCAGCCCAGAGAUAUAUUUGAAAAAUGCCAACGUGACCCCUCCAUUCUACCGCUUUAAACGCUUCAACAGUCCUUUCUAAAGCAUACGUCCCUCUGGGAGAGCCUGCUGUGAUCUGGCUCACCUGUCCGGCCCCAUCUCUCAGCUCUGCGGGCAAGUUCUGGCUCUGCUUGCGGACCCCUGGCACUGUUAAACCCAACGUGGCCUCUGCCCGCAAGGCCUAUGCCUCUCUGCCCAGUGAACUCCUACUAGCCUUCCAGGCCCAGAUCAAAUGUCUCCUCUGGGAAGCGCCUUCCCCGUCCCCCACCCCACCCCCAGGCAGAGCUGGUGGCACCCUCCCCUGGGUACGCCCAGAGUAUUUCCCAUCAUGCAUCGCAAAGGCUUAUUUACGGGUCUGACUUGGGCCUGGCUGAGCUCCUUGAGGACAGAGCCCUGCCUUAUUUAUCUUCUGUCCAUAGAGACUCAGACGGUGUGAGAAGGUGGAGGAAGGGAGGGAGAGAGGGAGCAGAAGGAAGAAAGGCAGGAAAGAAAAGAGGAAAGAAGAAAUGAAUAAGCCAAACAAGGAUAUCAGGGGAAAAUUCACUGAUUCAUGCAUCCAUCCAUUCAUUCAUUCAACAAAUAUCUAUUGAAUUCCUAUCAGGCCCCGUUUUAGGCACUAAGGAUACAAUCGGCAAGCUCAAAUGACUGGCAACUGACCCUCGGCAUUUCCAGCCCAAAAUAAGGCUGUGAGCCACGACAAAGCAGGAAAGAUUCUUGAUUCUUGUCAGCUGAGGCCAGAGCUGGCUGCAAGGACGCACCCGCUCAGACUGGACCAAGGACCACUAGCACCUACACGACUACCCUGCUCUCAGCUUCCCGACAGAGGUGUUAAUUUUGAGGGUCUGACACUCCCUCCUGCACACUGUGGUCCUGCCACUCAGGAUGAUCCCUGAGGAGCAGAAGGGGCCAGUGAUGGCUGCCAUGGGGGACCUCACUGGACCAGUCCCUUUGCUGGACCUGGGCAAGAAGCUGAGCGUGCCCCAGGACUUGAUGAUGGAGGAGCUCUCGCUGCGAAACAACAGAGGAUCCCUCCUCUUCCAGAAGAGACAGCGCCGGGUGCAGAGAUUCACCUUUGAGUUUGCAGCCAGCCCACGAGUGAUCGUGGAUGGAAGUGCCAAGGGGAAGGUAACAGGAUCGAAGGUGACAGGAACAGCAGAGCUGGGGACGGUUGCCAAUGGCCCCGAGGGGCAGAACUGCCGCUCUGAGCUCCACAUCUUCCCAGCCUCAUCCCAGGGCCCCGAGGAUGCCCAUUCUGCAGCCUUCCCCACAGUGCGUGCCCGCAGCCCCAGCGCCCUGGCACCCGGCUAUGCCGAGCCACUGAAGGGUGUCCCGCCAGAGAAGUUCAACCACACAGCCAUCCCCAAGGGCUACCGCUGUCCUUGGCAGGAGUUCAUCAGCUACCGGGACUACCAGAGGGAUGGCAGAAGUGACACCCCCAGCGUGGCCCAGUAUCGAAAUUUCAACAAGACCCCGGUGCCCUUUGGAGGACCCCUGGUGGGAGAGACCAUUCCCAGGGCAGGCACCCCCUGUGUCCCGGAGCUCAUCAGUGGCUUGGAGCUCCUUCGUCUCAGACCCAGCUUCAACAGAGUGGCCCAGGGCUGGGUCCGCAACCUCCCCGAGUCCGAGGAGCUGUAGCCCCAGCCUGAAUAUUCAGUUCCCCCGUCUUGGUGUUCGGGGAACAUCUUGCAGUCAAGACUUCCGGGCAGCACGUCACAGUUUCUGAAGGGUCUUCACACACAACACCUUACUGCAAGUGGCCUCGAAGGCCACAGAGUUCAGUAGUCCCCAAAUUUCCUGGGGAUGAUGUUUUGCACACGGAUUUCGGGCCUGCCCCAGACUCGCAGCAUUCAGAUCUCCUGAGCUGGGGAAUUUCUAUCAGUAACCAACACUCCGAGCUGAUUCCAGGGAAACUUGCUCAUGGUUUGCGUCUUUAGACAUCCAAGCCACCAGUGAAUUCACAUGCACGCCUCCGCUCCUCCCUGCUGUGGACUCUAGCUUACACUCCCCUGGCAGGGAGCUCACUAGCAGCCCAUCUACCUACGGAUAACUCUGAUAAUCAGAAAGCUUUUCCUUUUAUUGAGACGCAGCUCUAAACAUCUGCUAAGUGGCGACUGUGUGUAGACACCCUCUGCCAGCCCAGGGAGAGUGUGUGGCGAACACGCCCAGGCCCUGGCCUAGAGGAACAAAGGACAGUAGGGAAGACACAUUUGUAAAGCAGGAAAUCAUGUUCCUUUUCCCUACAGCACACUGACUGACAACAGAGGAAGAAAGGGGGCUUGAGGCAGAAGAGGGGGUCCCUAGCCCUGGGGCUGGGGCGGGAUUCCAUGAAGCUUCUCAGAGACUUUGGGUGGGACCCCAGAGGAGGACGGAGAGCCAUCAAGGGCAGAGGGAGUGAUGGGGAGGGCACUCCUGCCAAGUGGACCGGCAUGUGCGAAGUGUGGAAUUGUGCACAGGAAGAGGUGUGUUCUGGAAAAAGGAGGGCGCUGUGCUAGAGGGGUCAGUGAGGGCCAGCACUGGGGGGACUUUACUAAGGAGAUGGGGGCAGUUUUUAAGCUGAGGAGUGAUGGGUCUUGCUAUGUGGGGCACAGAGUGGCAAGGACUAAGGCCAGAAGCCAGGAAUCCUGCAGGGAACAAGGUCUAGACUAGGGAGAUGGCCAUGGGGAUGGAAUGAAGGGGCACCCCUCUGUGCACCUUACAGGUCAGGUACAAUGUGGAGUACCUGUAAGGCCCCCUUCUUUCUUUUCUCCUUCCACUCACCAUCCUGUGCAAGCCUCAGGGUAAAUCUCGUCCUAGUCUCCACCAGGGCUAUUCAAGGCUAUAUCCCUUUCACUAGGAAAAGGAGAGAAAGGAAUGCCUCUUAGUUCAACUGGUGAUGAGGAAGACAAUGAAAAUGAUGAUGGUGGUGGCUGCUUUUUAUUGGGUGCGUCAGUGCUUGGGCUGCUAGUAGAUUCUCCACAUAUCCUAUUUCUUAUUUGCAGUUCAACCCUAAGGGAAAGGUAUUGUCCCAUUUUACAGAUGUGGAUAUCCAGGCUCAAAGGAAGUGGCUUAUCCAGGUACAGAGCCAAAAUGAGAAUGUCUAAUUCCACUGGCUGUCCCUUUUCACUGCACUGGGUGGCCAGACCAAUGCCCACUCACUCUGGAACCAUCUAAGCAUGGUGUCCUGCCUUCGGGCUUAGGGGUGAAAAGUGCAGGUUGGGAAGUCAGAAUGGAUGGGUUGGGCUCUAACAGCUACUGCUGGCUGUGUGAACUUGAGCAAGUCAUUUUUCUGUCUCUAUACCUGUAAGACGAGGACAAGGCCAGAACCUCCUGGAUAGGGCUGUUGUGAGCACAGUGAUGGACACAUACUUAAGAAGCCCUCAGUCAUUAUUAGAUUUCAUGAAGCUACUGCUCUUGACUAGAAGAGACGUUCUUGUUCUUGAGAAGCUGGCUGCAAGAUGUCAUUGGGGUCAGCAAAGCUUAAGCUGGAAGGAGAGCCUCUGAUUACUGUAGGGCUCCCUGUGGACAUGGACAUGGACAUGGAAUUACCUCCCUCUGCCUCCUCCCUGACUCCCUCUCUUGGGAACAUGAGAAGGUGAGAAAUCCAGCUAGUUCCCAGGGUGUGUGGGAUAGUGGUUACAUUUUCCUUUUGUUCUGGACUUUCACUGCACCCCACACCAUCUUGAGGGGCCAGCAGCCUAUUAGACUUGCCUGCCAUUGAUGUGUUGUUUUGAAUUGGGGGGCUGCUAUUGAAGGCCAUGUCUGCGUGAGCUGAAAACCAACCGUGAAAGUGUCUGACACAUAGAAGAGAGGAUCUGGACUACCUUGGCUUAGCUCUGCUGUGUUCCGGAUGGUGAUGGCUGCCCCUAGCUACAGGAGAGGAGGGGCUGCUACACCCGAAAGCGAAUCCGCAUUCUUUCUUCUGAUGAUGUGACUUUCACUGACAUUGUUUAAAAAAAAAAAAAAAAAAGGAAUGCUUAUUAUCUAAAUAAAUAAGUAAAAUGUGGAAAGACUGGCCCAUCUCCCAUGCUCAUAGUAUCUCCCAUGCUCAUAGACUUUCCCAGCCUCCUGCAUUCUGCCUCAUCCCCACAUACUGGAGGUAACCAUGAGUAACAGUUUGGACCUUCAAGAAUUCUAGAAUUAUUUGACUAGAUAAAUAUGUAGUGUGGAAAGGUGCAUGGGGCGAAAAUAUGUCUUUGUUUAAUGGGAUCAUACCGUAUGUACUAUUUUGUAUUUUGCAUCUUUAUUCAACAAUAAGUAAAAUUUGGAUCCUGAAAAAGCAGGCCAUUAACUUUUCAUGUAAUUUGUGGGUUUAGUGAGCCCUUCAUAUAAAAUCCUAUUCUUUGCCUGUUCAUAGAAAAUUCUAUGCUUUUUGGUCCCAGAGUCCUGGGAUCGAGUCCCACAUCGGGCUCCCGGCUCAGCGGGGAGCCUGCUUCUCCCUCUGACCCUCUCCCCUCUCAUGCUGUUUCUCUCUCUCUCUCUCUCUCAAAUAAAUAAAUAAAUAAAAUCUUUAAAAAAAAAAAAAAAGAAAAGAAAAUU